AUGUUGGGUGUGUGCGCCCUGCUUCUGCUCUGGGGCCUAGCCACCCCAUGCCAAGGGCUGCUCGAGACGGUAGGCACGCUUGCCCGGAUUGACAAGGCUGAAUUGGGCAAAGCCAUCCAGAACUCGCUGGUUGGUGGGCCCAUUCUGCAGAACGUGCUGGGGACGGUGACCUCUGUGAACCAGGGCCUCCUGGGUGCAGAUGGGCUGCUUGGAGGAGGCGGUCUGCUGGGCUAUGGAGGCAUUUUUGGGGUGGUGCAGCAGCUCUCUGGGCUGAAGGUAGAGGAGCUCACGCUGCCCCAGGUGUCACUGAAGCUGCUGCCCGGUGUCGGGGUGCAGCUGAAUCUGCACACCAAGGUGGGCCUGCACGGAUUUGGCCCCCUGGGAGGCCUCUUGCAACUGGCUGCUGAAGUGAACGUGUCUUCCCGGGUGGCGCUGAGCAUGAGCCCGCGGGGGACGCCCAUCCUGGUCCUGAAGCGCUGCACCACUCUCCUGGGCCGCACCAGUCUGCUGUCUGGGCUGCUGCCGGCACCAGUCUUUGGGAUCCUGGAACAGACCUUGUGCAAGGUGCUGCCCGGAGUGCUGUGCCCCGUGGUGGACAGCGUGCUGAACGUCAUGAACGAGCUCCUGGGAGCCGGCCUGAGCUUGGUACCCCUCAGGACUCUGGGGUCUGUGGAGUUUACUUUGGCCACAUUGCCCCUCAUCUCCAACCAGUACAUAGAGCUGGACAUCAAUCCCAUUGUGAAGGGUGUAGCUGGUAACGUCAUCGAUUUCCCCAAGCCACGCCUCCCGGUCAAGGUGCCCCCCAAGGAGGACCACACCUCCCAGGUGACAGUGCCUCUCUACCUCUUCAGCACCGUGUUUGGGCUUCUGCAGAACAACGGUGCCCUUGAUCUAGACAUCACCCCCGAGCUGGUUCCCAGCAAUAUACCACUGACAACUUCCGACCUGGCAGCUUUGGCCCCUGAGGCCCUGGGGAAGCUGCCCCCUGGUCAGCGCCUCCUCCUCUCGCUGCGGGUGACAAAAGCGCCCACGGUCACACUGCAGAGCAAGAAAGCCACAGUCUCCAUCCCAGCCACCAUCCAUGUGCAGUCCUCUGUCCCCCAAGGGACUCCCGUAGCCCUCUUCCAGCUGAACGGGGUUCUGACGCUCAACGCCCAGCUGGCUCCAUCUGCCACGAAGCUGCACGUGUCCCUGUCCCUGGAACGGCUAAGUGUCCAGCUGGCCUCCUCCUUCUCCCAACCCUUUGAUGCAUCUCAUCUGGAAGAAUGGCUCAGCGACGUGCUCAGGGCUGUCUACGUGCCAAAGCUCAAUGUGGACCUGGAGGUUGGAAUUCCCCUGCCGAAGAUUCUCAACGUCAAUUUUGCCAAUUCGGUUCUGGAGAUCAUCGAGAAUGCUGUGGUGCUGACUGUGAUACCCUGAGAUGGGUGUGGCCGUUACCCUCCCUGUGGACUAUAGAGUCUGUUCACCUGUCCACCCUGCCUCAGUUACCCUCCUGGUCUCUAGCCUGCAUUGGUGGCAGUAUUAGC